AUGGGUAAUACUCAUUCAGCAGCUUCCCACAAUGGCAGAUUGUCAAGGACGUUUUCACGACAAUCCAGAAAAGACGAUGCCUUACCACACAUGCACACUACAAACGAUGCCCAGACAUGUCACAAAAAGUACAAGGAAUCAUUGCCUCCCUCGCCUAACAGCAACAGCGAUCCAAAAACUACGUCCAACUACAAGACGGCAGAUGAAGCGACAUCAAGCAGGGGAUCAAAGUACAUUUUACCUAAUAACGAGGAAGAGCUGGAUAGGCUCGUUCAAGUUCAUUUUAUUUACAAGUAUCUGUUUGGUGCUAAUUUUUUAGCUCCUGUAAAGGAUUUAUUAUCGAGCAAUCAAUCGAGAAGAAGUUCGGGCAGUAGUCAUCAUCAAUGGAUGCAAGAUUCGCCGUCAUUGUUAUCUUUAUCUCCACCAAGAGUAUUGGAUAUUGCUUGUGGCAAUGGCACAUGGAUCCUAGAGAUGGCAACAGAAUUUCCAGACAGUCAAUUCUACGGUAUCGAUAUCCUAGCAAACUAUCCGACUACAGUCAAGCCAGCAAAUACCUUUUUCUCUCAACAUGACAUACUUCAUCCAAAAGGUUUACCAUACCCAGACGACUACUUUGAUUACAUCCAUAUGCGCCAAGUAUACUCCUGUUUCUCAGAACAGGAUUGGGUGACGGUAAUGAAGGAAAUUAAGCGUUUACUAAAACCCGGAGGCUACGUUGAACUGCGAGAUAUUGACCCAAUGCUGAACAAUAUGGGGCCGAUCUCCUCCAAAUUUUUUGCUCGCUUUCCUCUAUUGAUGAAAAAAUGGCAUGGCGUGAAUAUUCUGUGGGCAAGAUACAUGUAUGACAUUAUAAAUAAUGUGGGCAAUAUGGUGGAUGUGCACAAACAGGUCAAUACAUUGCCAUUUGGAUCUUCAGGACCUAUAGGAAACAUGAUUCAAAACUCUCUGCGCUUGGCGCUCAAAAGCUUUCGUUCGUUUUUCGAGAUACACAACAGUUUACCCGGCGCAGACUAUGACAGAGUCAUUGAUGACAUAGUGGAAGAAACCAGCAAGUAUCGCUCGUAUUUCAAUUACUAUUGCUGUUGGGGAAGAAGCCCCUUGUAUGAGACAGCGUACCAUUAUCAGGAACAGAGAGGCGGUAGUAUUAGUAGUAGCGGUGACGAACCACCAAGGCGCCAUUCAGUUACCAACAACAACAAUAUGAUAUCGGACUCGGAUGCCAAUGACAACGAUGCAUCGUCGUCUCUGACGAUACGUAGACAGAGUGAAAAGGAAACGCAGUCGGAUUGUGCCGACGAUGCGGCCAUGCCCCCCUCGAAUAUCCUGUCAAUUUACCCAUUAUCUGAUCAACAUCAACAUCACAUGGUCUCACUAGGAGAGGAAAAUGUAUCUGACAUUGAUCAAUUUGCUGAAGGAUACGAAGAUUAA